UGUUUCUUUUUUAAUUUGGAUUCUCGGGAGGCUUGGGAGGGGUCUCUGUGUUUUCCUUUUUCUGAUCCCGCAAUAAAUCUCCCAUCGCGAUUUCGUCGAGUCUCUCGAAUCAUCGAGAUUUAGAUUUUCCUGUAAAAAAAACUCGCCGAAUCAGUUUGUUUUUUUUGUUCUGUUUUGUUUAAUUAAUCAAGAGUCUAGUCUGGGAGAGAGAGAGAAAGUGAUGCAACGAAUCGUAGAUAACGCUCUUGCUGUCACUAAAGAUGCAGGUCUGUGAAAACUAUAACCUAUGAGUCUUUAAACAACAUUGCUAGAUGCAUUAACGGAGUCUCGGCUCUUCUCUUGACACUCCUCCCCGGGAAGGCUAAUAUCCUCGAAGGUCUUCACGGCUGGGAGCUCAGACCAACACUGCGUGGACCACGUUUACCACGAUGGAUGCAUAAUGGGGUCUCUUCUUUCAAUCACUUCAUUCACGAGCUCUCUGCGGAUUCCGAUACUUCCAGCUUGGACUAUUCUUCUUCUGGAGAAGAGAGUGAUGAUGAUGGUCCUCCGCUCCUCCCUGCAUCACCCUCUUCUUCUCAAUGCUCCUCACGCCUCUCUUGGGCCAGUGAAAGCCACUGGUCUGACUGGAUCACUUUCAUUCUUUGGUGGUUGAUUCUCCCUUUACGGAUCUUGCUUUGGACAAUACCACAGUAUUUUCUUCGUUUCUUCUUUAAACGAAGUUGUUCGAGAACAACUCCCACGAGCCCGAGAAGGAGGCCUCGAAUAAGCAAGACUAACUCUAGCAAAGACCAUGAUGUUCCCAACCGAGCUACUGACAGAAGACGCGGCGUUGUUGAGGAUCUUCAUCUUGCUAUAGAGAUCUGCAUAGAAGCAAUAUUUGAUUUUUUCCACAGGGCUACGCAUCUUCUACUCUCUCCAUCGGAAGCUUUUGCAAUAAUGUUAUCAUGCUUCUCUUCUUCUCCAAGUCACAGCCGUAAAGAAAGAAAGCAUGACCACGUUUCAGAUGAUGAUGAAACUGUGCUGCAGACUGCCACUUUAGGAGAUGCUGAUCCAUCUCUUACAGAAAGGCCGGCACGCUUGUACAACACUAUGAACACUGAUACUCGAACGUGCCAAGACGUCAUUACAGAGCUGGGGUAUCCUUACGAAGCAAUUCGUGUUGUUACAUCCGAUGGAUAUGGUCUUCUCUUGGAAAGGAUACCAAGACGUGAUGCAAGGAAAGCUGUUUAUCUGCAGCAUGGUAUUUUGGAUUCUUCCAUGGGAUGGGUAUCUAAUGGGGUUGUUGGAUCUCCAGCUUUUGCUGCAUAUGACCAAGGCUAUGAUGUUUUCUUAGGCAACUUUCGUGGUUUAGUUUCAAGAGAUCAUGUAAACAAGAACAUAUCUUCAAAAGAGUACUGGCGAUACUCGAUUAACGAGCACGGCACUGAGGACAUUCCAGCGAUGAUAGAAAAAAUCCACGAGAUCAAAACUUCAGAGCUAAAGCUCAGCCAACCUAAUAUCAUCAACGAGGAGGAGGAGGAGGAGGAGCCUUAUAAGCUCUGUGCCGUCUGUCACAGUCUAGGCGGUGCUGCUAUCCUGAUGUACGUCAUCACUCGCAGAAUCAAGGAGAAGCCACACCGUCUCUCCCGGCUGAUCCUACUCUCACCCGCUGGAUUCCACGAGGACUCCAACUUAGGUUUCACGUUGGUCGAGUACGUGUUCCUUCUCUUGAGUCCUGUCCUGUCUCGCGUCGUGCCUGCCUUCUACAUACCGACGAGAUUCUUCAGGAUGCUUCUGAACAAGUUGGCACGUGACUUCCACAACUACCCUGCUCUCGGCGGGCUUGUACAGACGCUGAUGAGUUAUGUAGUGGGUGGAGACAGCUCGAACUGGGUUGGAGUGUUGGGGUUGCCUCACUACAACAUGAACGAUAUGCCGGCUGUGUCCUUCCGUGUUGCGCAGCAUCUUGCUCAGAUCAAACACACGGGGAAGUUCAGGAUGUUUGACUACGGGAGCAGAAGGGGUAACGUGGAGGUUUACGGCUCUCCUGAACCGCUUGAUCUAGGGGAGUGUUAUGAGUUCAUCGACGUGCCUGUGGAUUUGGUGGCGGGGAAGAAAGACAAGGUGAUUCGGCCUUCUAUGGUGAGGAAACAUUAUAAGGUGAUGAGAGAAGCUGGUGUUGUUGAUGUGUCGUUUAAUGAGUUUGAGUAUGCUCACCUUGACUUCACCUUCUCUCACCGGGAAGAGCUUUUGAGGUAUGUGAUGUCGCGGCUUUUGCUUGUGGAACCGACGUCAGGUGAACAGAGGCAGAAAGGUAUGAAGUUGAAGAAGAAGAAGAAAAAAGAGGGUACGGUAGUGUAAGUAGCUUAUAACAAAACCCAUGGCCAGUGUGGGUCAAUGAUGGAUGCCCCCAUAGAUUUUGGUGUCUUUGUAUUGCGAUGUUGUGUGUUAUGAGGCUUUGGCUGUAAUAGUGUACAUAAAUGUGAAGUGUGAUCUCUUGAUAAAAUGAACUUGUCGUCAGAGAUGCUUUUUUUCAGCAAUAUGAUGUAUGUUUUCUACAA